AUGUCCUUAUCCGUUUGCACUUCAGUCAAUUCGGUAGCUGUUCAUGGUAUCCCCUCUCAUCAGGAUCUCCUCGAAGCAGGCGAUUUAGUUUCUGUAGAUAUUUCGAUUUACAACGGCUUGGUACAUGGAGAUGCUUGCCAGACCUAUGUUGUUGGUGUCAACUGCGGUCAUGAUCAACCCUCUUUA